CCUCGCCACCAUUUUCACAACCUCAUCACCACCACCUUCAAAUCUCUCCCUCAAUUUCACUCUACACUAACACCAUGGCCGGUUCCGGAGUCGUCGCGGUUUACGGCAACGGCGCCCUCACCGAGAGCGGCACCAACAAGUCGGCGUUCGCCGUCAAGGUCGGCCUGGCCCAGAUGCUCCGCGGCGGAGUCAUCAUGGACGUCGUGAACGCGGAGCAGGCCCGCAUCGCCGAGGAGGCGGGAGCCUGCGCGGUGAUGGCGCUGGAGCGGGUCCCGGCUGACAUCCGGGCGCAGGGUGGCGUGGCCCGGAUGUCGGACCCGCAGCUCAUCAAGGAGAUUAAGCAGGCCGUCACUAUCCCCGUGAUGGCCAAGGCCCGAAUCGGCCACUUCGUCGAGGCCCAGAUUCUCGAGGCCAUCGGGGUCGACUACGUCGACGAGAGUGAGGUCCUCACCCUCGCCGACGAGGACAACCACAUCAACAAGCACAACUUCCAGAUUCCCUUCGUCUGCGGCUGCCGCAACCUCGGCGAGGCGCUGCGGCGGAUCCGGGAGGGCGCGGCGAUGAUCCGGACCAAGGGUGAGGCCGGCACCGGGAACGUCAUCGAGGCCGUCAGGCACGUCCGGUCGGUGAUGGGCGACAUUAGGGUUUUGAGGAACAUGGACGACGACGAGGUCUUCACCUUCGCCAAGAAGAUCGCGGCGCCGUACGACUUGGUGAUGCAGACGAAGCAGCUGGGGAGGCUCCCGGUGGUGCACUUCGCCGCCGGGGGAGUGGCGACGCCGGCCGACGCGGCGCUGAUGAUGCAGCUGGGGAUGGAUGGGGUUUUCGUCGGGUCGGGCGUGUUCAAGAGCGGCGACCCGGUGAAGCGGGGCAGGGCGAUUGUGCAGGCUGUGACCCAUUACAAUGACCCGAAUAUACUCGCUGACGUCAGCUGCGGGUUGGGUGAGGCUAUGGUUGGGCUCAACUUGAACGACCCCAAGGUGGAGAGGUAUGCGAAUCGUUCCGAAUAAGUAGUGAACUGUGUUUGUUCACUGGUGAAGUUUUAAUUUCUUUUUUACAUUUUGCUCGUAGUAUUACAGUUGAUGAUGAUCAUGUUCUAGAAGUUGGUGAUGGGGUUUUACUAGUUUUACAUGUAAAAAAAAAUGGAAUUUAUGGUUCUUCCAUGUAGCUCUUGAAUGUGUUGCUAAUAAUAUGAAGCUCUGUUUCUU